GGCGGAGUCAUUGGCACGGACGGUAAUCCAGACUUCUCGCAUUCGACGGUGUGGAAAUAUGUCACCAGCUUCAAGGACAACAUCUUGAACAUGCAUCCGAUCAUGAUACCGGAAGAGCUGGAUGCGCUGGUUGUGCUGUUUCUCAAGGAGAUCCCCCAGCAUAAGCAGCAGUCAAGUGUGCGGUCCAGCAGCAACCCCAAAUUUGUCAGCCAGCCGACAUCUGCCGCUCCAUCACUGCCCGAGGCUGUUGGUGCGAAGAGGAAACGCCAGCUUGGUGGCGAUGAUCCGGCACCAUCCUUCAACAUCUUUAAACCCGGCCAUCCUUUCCGCAGCAUAAAGAGCGCUAUCGUUCUGCUCGUUUGUGCGCUGGGCAAGAUUUGCCUCCACAAGCAGAGGAUUCCUGACAUUGUCAGGGAGCAAGGUGAGGCCCAGCCACAUCGAUCGCCCUCCAUGCGAAAUGGUGGCGCAAUGUCUCCGAUCCACGGCUCUCCCCCCGGACUCAACUCGCACUCUCAGUCUUCUGGACUGCCUUCGCCACAAGACCCGUGCGACCGUACCAUGCCCAGUCGCCGUGCUCCCAUGCAGGGUAAUAGUACAGGAGUGCGUCCGACACCGAUCAAGCGAAACUACGACGGAAUUCCUGGACUUGAGUACUUCGCACUGGCAACGGACAUUCUGGGCAGCCAUCUGGGCGGGAUUGAUCUCAAGCAUGUUUAUGCUUGGGUCCUUGCUGGUCUGUACCAUGGGCAACUCGCGAGGGCUGUGGAAAGCUGGGCAUACAUAAAACAGGGCUGUACUGUUCUGCAGGAGGUCAUGAGGACGAGCAUAUACCGAUUCCACGAGAUCAAGAUGGGCGAUGGAUAUGUGCCUCAGGAGUCCAGGAGAGACAACCAGGUACUCCUGGCGUACUGGACCUGCUUGCAGCUAGAAAGUGACAUCCUUGCGGAGCUUCCGCUGUCCCAGAGUCCUAUUCUGCAGUACGAAGACAACAUGCCUUAUCCGAACACGACCUUUGUGACAACCUAUGGCUACACUGCCGAAGAGUGCGGUAGCUAUUUCGCCCAGCUUCAUCUCCGGCGCCAGCUCAAUGAGAUCCACAGCCACUUAUAUAAUCCGGACAAGAUACAUCGACCCUCGUCCCCGGAGACGAUCGACGAAGGCCUUCAUGGUCUCCAAACCCAACUGAAGACAUCUCGUGAUAUCUGGGUUCCUGCCGCAUUCAGAUGGCAUGAUGAUGAGCCGCCUGCUGGCGAUAUCCUCUCUGCUCGCCUGCGUGCCAAGUACUGGGGAUCACAGGCCAUUAUCUAUCGCCCCUUCGUACGACAUUUGCUCGAGAAGGAGCCUAUCCCAUAUGGCGCUUACAAAGAUCCUCGACUUCCCCGACCAGAAAGCUUCCAUGAAUUGGCAAUCAAUAUCGGCGACAAGUCGGUUCCCGAGGGGGUCGACCCCCGCACGCUUAACUAUGCCCGGCUCGGCAUCGAGGCGUUGAUCCAGAGCACCAGUGCAUUCCAUGGCAUGCCGCGCAAGCAGCGCAUUAUUGUAACCAACAUUUUCGGUACUGCCCACGCUCAAUGGGGCAACCUCCUCACCCUUGCCGCCUGCUACACCGACCCACUUCUUACGAGAUUUGUUGAUUCCGAAGUGCUGUCUGGGCUGUUCAGGCGGACAAUUGAGUUCUUUGACGUCAUCGCGCACCGAUCAAGCCCCUUGAAGUCGGAGCGCAACAUCCUAUUUGGACUGGCGAGUGAUCUAAGUCUGCUGCGCGAGGAUCCACCAACCAGCUCAAGUUUUUCCAGUAUGACUAGCGGCACGACGCCGGUGGCUACCUCAGCGGCGAGCCAUCCUCCUACAAGUCAUUAUGGGAACAUAUGCCCACCCACGGGAUCAUCGAUCUUUGCGUCCCAUCACGCACAUUCUUCUCGGCCGUGAGAAGUCACGGCGGUGCACUCAGCGGUCAUGUUCUCCUUGCGCUUGUCCCAAAUAUAUUGGCAUCAUGAUUCUGGGACUUUGAUCCCAUGAGCUCUGCAUUGGAGAGGUUAUGAUGCUCUUUUCUCGCACUCAUUUACUUCCCACUCUUGCAUAGCCCGGUGUUCUCCUUUGAAACAAUUUCUGAACCCCUUCUGAGGGCCCUGCAACGCAUACACAUCAUGGUGGAUCUCCUCCCAAAAGCUCAGUUGUUCAGCAUAUCAUAACAAGCUCGAGGGUCCGACUCUUUUGAUUUUUUUUAAGGCGGUUGCUGGGGAGGACCAUGUUAGUGAGCCAAGCCUGCCCGUCUGCCUUGCGGACUGGGCUGGCUGGAGUGAAAUUACUCGGUGGACAUUUCAGAGGCCGAAGCUGGAAUUUUAAGGAAGCUGUGGAUAUGGCCUGUACAUUCCUCAAAUCUUU